AUGAUUCACGGAGUUUUAUAUGCAGCAUCGAUUUUUGUCUUCGAACUUUCAUUGAAAUUAGUGUCAAGUACAACAUAUACUUGUUUGUCAAGUGCUUCAUGUGGAUGUUCAACAAAUUCAGCAAUACUAACUAAAAUUGUCGGCGGUGAACCAGCUUCAAGUCAAACAUGGGGUUGGGCUGCGUCACUUCGUUAUUCAGCUUCUGGUUCUCAUUUUUGUGGAGGAUCGAUUAUAUCUGAUUCACAUAUUCUUACCGCAGCUCAUUGUACUCAAUCAUUAAGGUCUGCUUCUUCCGUACGUGUUUAUGUCGGAUCGAUAUCUCUAUCUUCAACGGUUCAAAUAAGAGACGUUUCAAAAAUCUAUAAUCAUCCAUCGUAUUCAACACUAAACUAUCUGAAUGAUAUCGCCAUACUUAAAUUGUCGACACCGUUAAAUAUUCGUCAAGCUGGCGUUGAUCUUGUUUGUUUACCUAAUAUAUCCCAAGCUAUACUAGCUAGCGGAGAAUAUCCAAAUGCUGGUAUCAAUCUUGUUGCUAUCGGUUGGGGCGUUCAAACAGAAAAUAGUCAAACUGCAUCUGCAACACUUCGACAAGUCACUGUGCAAUCGAUUGCAUCAACUAAUACCUAUUGUCGUAAUGUGAAUUUAUAUGAUUCAUCUAAAAGAUUUUGUGCAGGCGUAAUGCCUACUGGCGGUAAAGACACUUGUCAAGGUGAUAGUGGUGGUCCAUUAUUAAUGUUUACAUCUAAUAAUAUUUGGGAACAAGUCGGCAUAACCUCAGUUGGAUAUGGGUGUGCAAGACCCAGCUAUCCCGGUAUUUAUACACGUGUUGCAGCUUAUCAAUCUUGGAUAAAUGCAACAAUGAAUCAUGCGCAUAGAGAAUUUAUGAUUUCCUAUAGAAUGUUCAUUCUAGUUAUUUUAUUAAUUUUGUUAUAA